UAUGUCAAUGGUGGAUUGGACAUGUUACCAUUGCGGAUAUAUAGCAAUGAUGAAUUGGAUUUCUUAAGCGAUUCGUAUUUCAUACGAAUUAUGCGUUUCGGGUUAUAACUUUUGUACAGUACUGUGGGAAGUUAAUUUUCACGUAGCUGGGCCGUAGUGCGAAGAAACAGCUUGCUACCAUUGUCUUUGCAUCUCUUGACCUAAUUGUCUUCACGCUACCGUAAUUCGUCGGCUCGACGACCUCAAACCGAGCGUCUGGACCUUACAGGAACAUGAAUUGUGCCCGGAGCGUCGGUUGCUGCCUGCUUAUCUGCUUUCUCGCAUUUUGCGGUGAUUGUUCUGCCUCGAAAACGUCACAAAGAAAAGAAGUUCUGCGUCGAAUCUUCCGCUCCGUUGACCUGACACCUUCUAUCAGUACGACACCGUCUGCUUCGUCCAUAGACCAACCAAUUACGCCAGCUCCAACAGAAGAUCCCGAUAUGGAAUUGAAUUUGAUGGAAGAUAUGGUAAAUCAGACGCUGCAAUCUGGUGGCAAAGCAAUAUUUCGUUGCAAAGUAGAAGGCACUCCAACCGAUGCUGUUAUAUUUACUUGGUAUAAAGACGGAACUGAACUAGUGGACGAUCCGCGUUUUAACAUAAGAACGAAAUCGUGGGGGUCACUACUGAAAAUAUCUGACGUCUACACUGCAGAUUCUGGUCAAUACAGAUGUGAAGCUUCAAAUACGUAUAGGAGAGUGGCAACAAGUGCCUACCUGACGGUUUCAUUCGAAGCUCCACCAGACUCCGGGAUAUCGCAUGUAGAUCCUGAAUACGUGAAGGGCAGAUGUGAGCAAUACACAGGGUUUGCUUGCAGUCGAUUCCUACAAGGUCAAUAUGUUUAUCUUGAGUUUUUCCAAAAACAAGAAAAUGUUGAACAAGUAGUCUCAACAGCGUUGCAGUUUCUAGCGAAUCUGAAAGAUGUUUCUCCAAGCUGCUCUACAUAUGCUCCUGCUGCGUUUUGUUAUUAUUUCUUUUCUCCUUGUAAGAAGAAUGAUCUUGGUGAUGUCAUAAUGGCAGAUCCUCAACCACUGCGAUUAUGUCAAGAAGAUUGUGACUUACUUAAACAUAAGACUUGCAAGAACGAAUUUUUCAACCAAAAUGCUGACAAAUUUUCACCGAGAGUAUUUGAAACUUCAGAUUGCAGUAGCCUACCAAGAACCACCCCAACUAAUGACCACUGUACAACUAUUGGGUUGCCAAGUGUUGUAAACAGGCAACACAUGUGUUAUAACGGAACUGGUGCAAAGUACAGAGGAACCUUAAGUGUGGCUUCAACAGGCGAAACAUGCAAAAACUGGCCAGCUGAUAUGUUGUUUGAGUAUUCCUACUUGGCUGGUGGACACAACUUUUGUCGAAACCCAGGUGCUUCAUUACCAUCACCAUGGUGUUAUGUGGACACUGCUCUUACUAAGAAGGAAGUUUGUCAGGUCCCCAAAUGCAAUUUUGAGAAAGGAGGAGCAGAUGGAGGAAACGGGGAUCUUGUCAUGAUCCUCAUCCCUGCUGUCAGCAUUCCUCUCCUCUUGGGAUGUGUUAUCAUUGUCUUCUGUGUUGCUUGCAGAAGAAAGAAGAAGACAAACAAAAAUAACAAGGGAACUCCCAUGGAAACUAGGACGCUUUCAGCAAAAAAGGCAAAAGUUCCCGAGUUAAGUUCAAAUAUGGUCCAUGUGAUUGGUGAACUUGGAGAUGGAAAGUUUGGAAAAGUUUUCAAAGCUCAAAUCCUUAGCAACUUACAUUACUGUCCUAAUGAACCUGUGUCUGUGAAAACAUUAAACGACCGAUCCACCCCACCACAAGUACAAGAGUUUCAACGAGAAAUGGAAACUUUUUCAGAACUUCAGCAUGCUAAUGUGGCUUGCCUCAAGGCUGUAGUCACACAACCCAGCCUAAGAUGUAUGGUGUUCGAAUACACAAAUGGAGUAGACUUACACGAAUACUUGGUCCUUCAUUCACCUCAAGCAGACUUUGCUAAACCACCUAGCAGUGCAAGCAGUCAUGCUUCAUCAUCUAUUGAACAUGCUGACUUUAUAAGGAUGGCAAUACAAGUUGCAUCAGGAAUGGAUUAUUUGACUCGGAACAAUUUCAUUCACCGAGAUUUAUCGGCUCGUAAUGUCUUAGUUUGUGGAAAUCUCGAUCUUAAGAUUUGUAACUUAGGGGUGAUCAGGGAUUCAUAUCUCUCAUGUUAUUAUAGAAACCCACAAGGGGGUCAGAUGCUUCCUAUAAGAUGGAUGGCACCUGAAUCGUUAAAAACUUGGCAGUUUUCUGACAAAUCUGCAGUUUGGUCGUUUGGAGUUCUUUUGUGGGAAAUGUUCAGCUAUGGAUUGCAACCUUACUGUGGAUACAGCAACCAUGAGGUGUUGGAUAUGAUCAGUCGCCGGCAGUUGCUUACAUGUCCUGACCAGUGUCCAGCCAAAGUAUAUUCACUCAUGCAUGAAUGUUGGUGUGGACAACCAGCCCAAAGACCAACCUUUGCUGACCUGCAUUCAAAACUUGCUGGUUGGGAGGGAACGAGUACAACGAGAAUGACAUCACAAUUAGCACAAGGAAUACACCGACAGCUGACGAACGUAAUGAAAGAGGGUGGAGGGCAAUAUGCACCUUAUGCUCAACAACAACAGAGACCUGUUAUGAUGAAUGACCCCGGGAUCAACAAACCUCCUCAACCUUACUCUGCAUCACCAACAUCUGGAUUCCUUACAUCUUCUCCUCCUGGUGCUCCUAACACAAGUCCUGCAUCCCGACUAUACCAAUCUCCUGGAACGGCAUCUUCAUCCGCUCAUAGCGCUGGUUUCUACAACCAACAACACCCACAGUAUCAACCAGAACACCCAUACCCCCAGCAGAACAGAUACCUUAACCCACCCCAUCCAAAUCAACACUACAGCAGCAACCAGAGCAGGAGUAGUGGAAGUUGCGCAUCUUCUGAAUACAAUCAUCCUCCUCAUUUGAGAGUCCUCCCUUCGCAUCAGGAGCAAAGAGAGCCAUUUCAGCAAUCUCCUCUUCCCUACCCUCCUCCUCAGGAAGCGAUGAACAGAAGACAGGAGUCUGUCAACCAACAUCAAUUCCACCAUCCGGAGCAGCAGAGAGUAUACGGGAAUAUCGAAAACACUUCACAUGACGACCAAAGUGAGGACUCUGCUCUUCUUUCACGCUCACGACCUGGAAGUGGAGUCCGCCCUGACAGAAUACCAUUAUCAGUUUACAAAGAUCAGAGUGAAAGUUACCCACCAAGCUCUCCUGACCGUAUGAAACCACUGCUAGCACCUAAACCUCCAGCUUAUAACACAGUGAUGGAAGAAAUGAACAAACAAACUUCGCAUGGAGACUCAAGGCAGCAUCGUCGACAGGGGUCCGGCCCCCACCCUGGGGCUCAGGGAAUUCCCCCUUUACCAAAUGAUGACUCACGGGCUCGGAAUACUGACUCAGCAAGUGGAAAAGCGACAUCAUGUGACUCCGGACUUCCUUGCGAUGAUGUCGACAUUGAUGAGUCAGCAGAUUUAAGCCGACCAAUGUUGCCACCUAAUGGCCAAUCUCCAAGUAGAAUUGUUGGGAAAACAGGUCCUCAGUCAGCGGGAUCGUCAGUGUCUGGUUCGACCCAAGUUACGGCUGAAACUCGAAUAUCUGCUUGAUGCAAUGCUCAAUGUUUAUCAUCAUGAAAUAAUGAAGCACUUCGUGCGAAACAAGAGUCUCUGUGACAUCACAAAUUGAGAUGCGAAAAAGAAUUUUAAGAAAACUAUUUCACGAAAAGAAACUAUUAAGUUGAAUUGUUCAACUGCUGUGUAGAUUCUCAAACAUUUUUCGCUUUUUAAAUUACAUUUUUACAGCUUUUUUAAUGAAUGCAGUUCCGAAGCAAACAAGUUUUUUGGUUUGAACUCAAUAUUUUAAUAUUUUCUGUAAUUUUAUAAAAAGUAUUUUGCCAAAACUAUGAUGCAAAUUGUGUUGUAAUAGGCUGUUUAUCAUAUACAUGCACACACAUUCAUACAGCACUGCGUUUCUCCUUUUUAUAUUUCACAAAAACAGGCUGCGUAGCAAACACUGAAUAUUGUGAAGGUAAAAAGUUUGCUAUGGCCCACAUCCAAAGUCCUACGCCAUGAUUCGCUUUAACGCCCUUUUUCUAUAAAUGCUUCAUUUUGAUAAUACAGUAAAGUGGGGAAAAUGGGACACCUUUACCUAUAUUUUAUCGUCCCAUUUGGUGGUAAACAAAGAACAUUUAAAGAAUUAUAAAACUUUGUCCUCAUGACUCCCAUAGGUCGUUGUUAAUUGUUUAAAACUCGAUCAGAAUACUUGAAUAUAUGUGCUAAAGGUGUCCCAUCUUACCCUACUCUACCAUAUCAUUUAAACAAUACUUACCAAAUAUGUUGAUGCUUGUUAUCAAUUAAGGACAAUUGUGUUUUCGUUGUGUAAUAUCUUCUAUUCUUGUCUAGUUAAUAUUCGAACAACAAUAAAACUAAGAUGUGUGUCUUAACAUCACAAACCGGAA